AUGGGUCGCCGAUCAAAGACCAAGCAGCCGCCGCCGCAGCCGCUGCAGGAGCACCGGGUGACUGGCUCCUCGUCGUUCAACAACAAGCGAAAGGCCACCGAAUCCGCCUCGGCCCCCGCUCCCAAAAAGGCCGCCAUCGCCGCCGCCAACAAAAAGGCCAAAUCGGCCGCGACGAGCUCCAAGCCCACGCCCAUCUCCACCCCGGCCACCAAGGCCAUCGCCAAGGCCGAAAAGGCAAAGGCCAAGGCGGUGCCGUCCAAGCAGACUGCCGCCGCCAGCGCCCCUGUAAAGGGCAAGAAGAAGGCGACGCAGCAGCAGCAGCUGGACCUCGCCGUGGACGAGGACGAGGACGAGAGCGGUGUCGAGUACGAAGAUGUCGACGAGGACAUUGAGCUAGAGGGCGAGGACGAGGAGGACGGCCUCGAUGCGCUCGACGAGGACGACGAUGACAUCGAGCUCGAGGAGGACGACGACGACGAGGAGCAGGAGGGCGACGAGGAGGAGGACGACCUGAAGAAGCUCGGCCUGCCCGCCAAGGGCACCAAGCUGACGGCAGCCCAGAGGAAAAAGGCACUCGCCGAGGCAGAGCGGCUCGAGCUGCUACUCAAGAGCCAGGGCCACUCGCUCGAGUCCGACGACGAGGGCGACGGCAGCGAGGCAGGCGAGGAGAUGGAGGAUGAGGCCGAUGACGAGGAGGGCGCGGCCGACGGCCUGACAGAGGAGCAGCUUGCCUUCCUCGACGGAGCCGGAGAAGGCCCCGAGGGUGACGACGACGACGACGACGACUUCGAGGACGACAGCGACGGCGAGCUGCUCGACGGACCGCUGCCGGAGGGCGCACCGGCCAACGACUUUAUGCUGCCGACGAUCGAGGACCGGGAAAAGGAAAAGGUGCUGGGCGCCGACCUGCAGCUGGUGCACAUGCGGAUCCAGGAGGUGGUCAACAUCCUGGGCGACUUUAAGCGCCUGGCCACCGACGGCCGGUCGCGCAGCGAGUACGUCGAGCAGCUGCUGGCCGACGUGUGCACCUUCUACGGCUACAACCAGUUCCUGGCCGAGAAGCUCUUCAACCUCUUUUCGCCCGCCGAGGCCAUCGAGUUUUUCGAGGCCAACGAGACGCCGCGGCCGAUCACGAUCCGCGCCAACACGCUGCGCACGCGCCGGCGCGACCUGGCGCAGGCGCUCAUCAACCGCGGCGUCAACCUCGAGCCGAUAGGCAAGUGGACCAAGGUGGGCCUGCAGGUGUUUGAGUCGUCGGUGCCCAUUGGCGCCACGCCCGAGUACCUGGCGGGCCACUACAUGUUGCAGGCCGCCUCGUCGUUCCUGCCGUGCAUCGCCCUGGCGCCGCAGCCGGGCGAGCGCGUGCUCGACAUGGCGUCGGCGCCCGGCGGCAAGUCGACGUACCUGUCGGCGCUGAUGCAAAACACGGGCACCGUCUUUGCCAACGACUCGAACAAGGCGCGCGUCAAGUCGCUCACGGCCAACGUGCACCGGCUCGGGUGCAAGAAUGUCGUCGUGUGCAACUACGACGGCCGCCAGUUUCCCAAGGUGAUUGGCGGCUUUGACCGCGUGCUGCUCGACUCGCCCUGCUCGGGCACCGGCGUCAUUCACAAGGACCCGAGCGUCAAGACCAACAAGUCGGAGCGCGACAUCCACCUGCUGACGCACCUGCAGAAGCAGCUGAUCCUGUGCGCCAUCGACUCGGUCAAUGCGCGCUCCAAGACGGGCGGAUACCUCGUCUACUCGACCUGCUCGGUCCUCACCGAGGAGGACGAGGAGGUGGUGCAGUACGCCCUCAAGAAGCGCCCCAAUGUCAAGAUCGUCCCCACCGGCAUCGACUUUGGCCGCGACGGCUUCACGGCCUUCCGCGACCGAAAGUUUGACCCCAAAAUGAGCCUGGCCAGGAGGAUCUUUCCGCACGCGCACAACCUGGACGGUUUCUUCCUGUGCAAGCUCAAGGUGGAGCCGAUCAACAAGAAGCAGCAGCAGCAACAGGCCGCCGCCGCUGCCGCCGCUGCCGACGACGAGGCGGAGGCGGCCACCACCGUGGUGACUGGCAAGGUCAGCAAGAAGGUGACGGCCAACAACGACGAUGCCGUCUCUGGUGCUUCCGAGGUCGACGAGGAGGCCGAGGAGGUCGUGGCUGCUGCGGCAACUGCGGCUGCUGCGACGGCGGGGCAGGACGAGACGCCCUUCGACGACGAGCAGGACCAGGAGCUGAUCCAGAAGAGUCUGGCAAAGCACAUGAAGAGGAAGGGCCAGAAGCCCGCCGCCGCCGGCGCCGCCGCUCCGGCUGCGGGCAAAGCCAAGAAGGUCGUCAAGAAGUAA